AACUGAAAUUUUCCCUGAAGUUGUAAAAUAAUAUAAAAUAAACUGCACUCACAUCUUUAAAGAUGGAUUAUUUUCCAUCCCUUUCUACUCUCCUAAUUUUAUUACCGUUAAAUUAUUAUAAUAUUGGACAUUUUAUUCAUUGUUCUUCCACAAUUUUCGUUUCUUUUCAAACAUUUUUAACAUUUUUAUAUUUUGUUCAUAAUUUUGACAUUUUUAAUGAUUUUCUUGUAUUUUUGGUAAUUUUAUUUAAUUUUUUUGGACAUAAUUUUUGAAAUGUCUUUUUAAAUCUUUAUAGUUCUCUUUAUUUCAUGAUUUUUUUGUGUUUUUAUUCAUUCAAAUGUUUGUAAUUUCAGUGAAAAAAAUCCUCGUUGCACAUUUAAACUUGUAAAAUAAUAUAAAAUAAAUAAAAUGCUUUACAUAUUUAAAGAUUAAUUGUUUUAACUGCUGUUCUGGGAAUUUUACAACCAAUAAAACAUUUUUUCGAUAUUUUAUUAAUAUAUUUUCCACAAUUUUAUUUUUUUUUUUUAUUUUCAAAAGCUUUUUUAAAUUUUGUUCAAUUUUUUGGGACAUUUUUACAGAUUUUCAUUAAAUUUUUUUGGCAAUUUUAUUUCUUUUUAAAAACUCGGUUUUCACAUUUAAAAAGUUUUACUCUUGAUUUUACAGCUAAAAAAAAGUUUGUUUACUUGAAAAUUUACAUGAAAAUACCUUUAAAAUAUAGUUUGUGUGACCUGUUAUAAAUAUUGCAGCAUUUUCCACUUUCAGCUGUUUCAGUGUUUUUAGCUCUCAUAUUAAACCUUAUCGUUAUUUACAGAAAAGUACAUCAUUUUGAGCAAAAAAAACUGUAUUUUUACAUGAAAUAAAUACAAAAAUGACACUAAAAUAAAACUAAAUGUUUAGUUCAUUUUAUUUUAUGAUUUUUUUUUUGCAUUUUGAUUCAUUCAGAUGUUUGUAAGUUCUGUGAUAAAACCUCGUUUACACAUUUAAACUGAAAAUUUCACAAAACUUGUAAAAUAAUAUGAAAUAAAAUAAAUAAAAUGCAUCACAUCUUUAAA